AUGGGUGUUGUGGCGACGGGACCUAGAGUUUCAGCGAAGGGGCGUGCAUCUCUCGAAUACACUAGCGGAAGGGCAGAGAAGACGCGGGAGGGGACGGGAGUGGGAAUCCGUGUUGGCCGCACCACGAAGGGAACCCCUUGGCGGAUACGAGCAACACGGCGGGCAGGGGAGGGGGCAACAGGAAGGGGGGUAUGGUCCGCUGCUGGGCCAGAAAGGGCAAGCACACGGGAACGCAAAGCAGCAAGACGAACGCUCAACUCAGAAGGGGGAACAGGGGUAGAAACAGAACGCGAAGACAAGGGGGAAUCAAGGAAGGGGGAAGAAACGCCAGACUCAACAGGGGAAACAAUAAAGGGGGAAGAAACAACAGACUCAACGGGGGAAGAAACAAAGGGGGAAGAAACAACAGAAGAAACAGGGGACAAAAUAAAGGGGGAAGAAAAGGCAGAGGAAACAGGCGACAAAAUAAAGGGGGAAGAGGCAGCGGAAGAAACAGGGGACAAAAUGAAAGGGGAGGAAGCUACAGAAGAAACAGGGGAGGGGGAAGGGGGGGUAGCUGGAAGCUCUAUAGCAACCGGCUCUAUAACUACACUAGGAGCAGCACACGCAACAGUACGACGAACGCGACGACGGGGGACCCAGCAGCGGACGACAGGUGCGAAACUUACCUUUUUGGCCUUUCGUGAGCGUGCGAUGGCGCCGGUGCGCGAACUCACCUCACGAUGGCCGAGAAAGUACAGAAAAGCAAGAAAACUUACAGACAGAAUGAAGAACAUGGCGAACAGCAACAAUGAAACACUGAGAUCGGUAGAGGGUGGUUAG